AUGCCGAGUGGCCCCAAGAGUAACAAGUACACCAACCGCCACAGCGAAGAGGCGCGGCUGCGCGAUGAGGAGCGGCGCAUUGACUCCCGCGCGGCCCGCGAGGCAGCCAAGGAGAACGCGCAGUGGGCCGAGACGGACCCGAAAGUGCUGAAGAAGAUGGAGAAGCAGCGGGAGAUGGAGCAGAAACAGGCGGAGAAGGCCAGCCGUGUCGCCGAGAAGAGAGAGCAGCUGGAGGAAGAGGAGCGGGAGAUGAGUGCGAAGGUGCCCAAGAAGGUGGCCCAGCGCCAAAUCCAGAAAGACUUGGCGAAGAUGUUGGCUGACUACGAUAAGGAGCGCAACGCCGUUAAGGCUGGCCAGCACGGCGCAGUGGUCGAACAGGUGAAGACGGAGGAAGUGACACUACCUUCCGGCAACGUAAACCGCAAACAGGGCGUGGCUGCGCACCCGGCAGCAGAGUCGGAGAGCAACACCGUCAAGGCCUCUGGCUCCGUGACUGAUGUGCUGGCGGCCUUGGAGAAGAGCGGCAACGCCGCUGGUGUUGCCGAAAUCCCCGACAGCCGCCAUAUCGGCAAACGUGCCAAGGUGCUUUACAAAGCUUUCUACGCAGAACACCUCUCGCAGGUGAAGGAGGAGAGGCCAGGCCUGCGCCGCACCCAAUACAACGACAUUAUUUGGGAGAUGUGGCAAAAGAGCCCCACCAACCCGUUUGUGAUGCGCAACGAGAAGAUCGCUCAUGAGCGACUAGAGGCUGAGCGGCGGUGGAUGGAGGGCGACUCGAAUGGCGAGGACGAGGAGGAAGGCGAGGUUGAGGGUGGCGACAGGUGUGCAGCCAAGUAG